UUUUUACUAUGAUAAGAAGAGUACAAAAGGACCAAGAUGAAUGGACUUUGAGUAGCGCUAUUGUUCAUAUAAUCAGACUCUACACGUUGAAUAUACUUUUCUUCUAUUUUAUAAUACUAUUCAACACAUCACUACAACCCCAGUAAAUCAGAACAAUGAUUUUGAGAUUAUAAUACUAUUGACUGACCAAUAAAAGAACUACUGACUAUUUGUAAUCCUUACACUAAUCUAUAUAGUUAUCUUUACUUGGAGAAUUCUUUUUCUUAACAAUGACAUCUUACCCUGCUCUUUCUGAUAAAUUUUCACUCAACACUAGCUCAAAUCUACUUAAAGUAAAAGUCAAGAUUACUUGAAGUCUAUUUAUAUCUAAACAUACACUUUCGAAUAAGAAACAAAGAGUACUAAUGGCAGAGGAACACAGAGUGACACUUCAUGGUAUGUGGGCUAGUUCUUUCUGUAAGAGAGUAGAAGUAGCCCUUAAAAUUAAGGGUAUACCUUAUAAACAUGUGGAAGAAGAUCUAAUGAACAAAAGUCCAUUACUUCUUCAAUACAAUCCUGUUUAUAAGAAGGUUCCAGUACUUGUUCACCAUGGAAGACCUCUUUCAGAAUCACUUGUCAUCCUCGAAUACAUUGAAGAAACCUGGAGAAAUGGUCCUAUGCUUCUGCCUGAGGAUCCCUUUAAAAGGGCCCAAGUUCGCUUUUGGGUGAACUUUUUUCAGCAAGUGAAAUUUUCCCAAGUGCAGCUGUUUGAGAACAACAUUUUCUACGCAACCAUAACUGAUGGAGAAGAACAAGAGAAAAAUAUCAAGGAACUGCAUGAAAAAUUGAGACUGCUUGAAGAUGGAAUGAAUGAUUAUUAUGUCUCAAAUGGGAAAACUCCAAAUGAGAGAGGAAAUCUUGGAGUCCUAGACAUUCUAGUGUGGUCAACCUUUGCACCUCACAUAGUUUAUGAAGAAGUUAUUGGGACAAAGAUUGUAGACCCAGAAAAGUAUCCACUUAUAUUCUCCUGGAUUGCUGCUCUAGACAAGGUACCAGUGUUGAAAGAGUUAGGCUAUCCUCAUGAAAAGCUAUUGGCACUUCUUCUUAGUGUCAGAAACACCAUGUUGAAAACUAGUUAGUGCUGCUUGAUCUUGUGGUCAAUUAUUGUUUUAUGUUUUGGGGUUUUUGAUUUCUUGAAACUUUUUUAUUUUAAUUUUCAUUGGUGUCUCUUUAUGGUCUUCUUGUGAGUGUGAAAUAAGAAAUCAAUAAUUUGAUCACCUUGUUAUUGGG